UUCUAGAAAAUUUCAUGGUCUUAAGAUGAAAUGUUAUCUGCAAUUUUUCUCUCUAUUUUCUGAUGAUCCAAAUUCGCAGUGUUGCUUGAGUUUGUUUGUUUUGACCACAAUUUUGUCCAUUGUACCUUGCAUCCGUUUGCUGACAAACAAACCUGUGAGGGCAGACUAAUCCUAGUUUGCAAUAGUUCCAUGGCGGCGUGGAUAAGCGGGAAACUCAAAAUUAAAGAGGGGUCACAGCCAAAAUAUCUGACAAAAAGGGCUACUGUCGAAUCUUCCGCAGCUAUUCUGCCAAGAAUAAAGUUUAAGGGCUAACUAUAUAAUAGCAUUGGAAAAUCCUGAAUGUAUGCAGGGUCUUAAAAAACCAUGUAAUAACAAAGCAAAAAGGCGUAGGAACAUAGAAUCUGUGAAAUAGAAAGUCGUUGUUGAACAUCCAGAAUGGACCGGGCGGACUUCAUGAGACUAAGGUUCUCCUCCUCUGUCAAGUGGAUAUUAACAACACCUAGCACACGUCCUCUUCCCAGUUGCGUAGGCUAUCUUUUGCACAGGGCAACGUUCAAGUUUCCACACACUUAUUGCUCAAGGCUAUCUUUUGCGCAGGGCAACGUUCUAGUUUCCACACACUUACUGCUCAAGGACGACACCCCUUGGGAACACAAAGGUGCUGCGUUGAAGAGACUUCAGUGAAGGAAUCGUGGAAGAGAGAAGGCUCAACGCAGGUUACAUUGCCGAGUAUUCGUAUCUGUGCGUGGGCAUAUACAACCAUUGUGAAGUAGUUAAAAAAGCUACGAGAUGAGUUUAGUCAUCACAGCUUGGCAUUGACAGCAGAGUGAAUGGCGAAUGUGGCAUCAUCAUUCAGCUACCACGGCAUGGAAUGAGAUUAUGCAUUACUUAGGUAUCAAGUAUUCUGUGAGCAAGGGUUUUUCCAAGAGAGAAGACUGAUAUCGAACAGCCAAGAGGAGAUAGACGAGCUUACCAGGGAAUACGGAGCUGACUGGUAUAUCAGAAGCUAGCUAGUCAAGGCUUAAAAGGAAACAGAAAGCAGUGUUAGUUUGUGCGGCCAUUAAUUGUUGGAAGCUGUUAUUUGAGUUUAUAACAAGAUCAUGAGAGGAGGUAGGAAAAACUUGAAGAAAGAAGCUCUCCAAGGUUGCCUUGAACCACAGGCAGGCCAAACUAUAAUGCAAGUAGUUUCCCUUCGAGGGUCCAAUCUCAUUGAGGUGAUGGACAGUAUGGGUUCAAAAACUUUGGCAUUGUUCCCAGCCAAAUUUCACAAGAGUCUUUGGAUAAAGCGAGGAAGCUAUGUAUUGAUAGAAGGAAGUGAUAGAGAAAAAGCUAUGGAAGCAGGUAGUAAGGUGACUUGCAUGAUUGUACAAGUUCUUUUUGAUGAGAAUGUGCGCAUACUUCGGAAGUCUCAUCACUGGCCUGAAGGCUUUGAUGCUGAUAAACAACACUCAAUUUCUACUGCAAAGAAUGAUGUGCUGCAUGAAAAGGAACAAGAGAAUUGCAGAAGUGAAGAAUCUAGUGAUGAUGGUCUGCCCCCACUUGAAGCCAAUUGCAAUAGGCGUGGACCUCAACAGUUGCAAUCACUAUCUAAUGAAGAAGAAACAUCAGAUUCUGAUUCAUGAUCAAGAUCAUUAUUGCUCAGAUUCAUUACAUAAAAGCUUUAUUCCUUCAGGAAGCUUUUGUAUUUAUCCUUGCAUUUAUUUUCAAAAUUUAAUUAUCAUUUAUGAGUUAGAUGUUCAUCAGUCCACCAUUACCAGUGGGAACCUCGAUAAUUAAUUUCACUUGUCAUGCAGAGUUAUUUUUAGCAUAUUGCUCCAAAUGCAGAGAGAGGUAGUGUCCUGGUCUAGUUUGAGUUCAGUUGUUUGUUCCUAAUUUCUUUAUAUUUUUCUGGAUUUUAAAGCAUUUAUUCGAUGUUCCAUGAUUUGAAUAUUUAUGUGACGUUGUAAUUUUUGCCAACACUUGCCCCCCCUAAAGGCUGAUGCCAAGGGAGUCUUGACUAUUGAGUAAAUCAUAUGUUGCAAGGGCUCUAAUUGUUUUCUUUAGAAGCUCUUGAAAUCCUUCACGAACAAAUCUAACUGGUCUUCCCAACAUAAUUAUUUGUACAGUUAUAAAUUGCAAGGUCACGAUAGGCUUUCACUUUUUUAGAGUUUUCCCCCUUCAUCACUGGUAAUGUGCUUAUUUUGUUUUCCGAUAACUUCUGGUAUAUAUUAGAUGUAAAGAAACUUGAAAAUCUCAAAUUAUGCUCUAUUUUCAACUAA